GCCCGGUGCGGUGUGUGUGGGACUGAAGGGGGAGCGAAUGGCUUGUGUGGUCCUCGGUGUUUAAUCAGAACAGUGUGCUUCAGUUUCCCGGCAAUCCGACACCAUCCGCGCCUUAAACAUGGACCUCCAGUCCAGAGGCUCGCUCUGGAGGCAUCCGACAUGUUUGUAGCGACUUCUGAAAACUGAAUUGAUCCAUUUUUUUAAAAGCGUACCGUCACUUUUUUUGGCCUUUUCCUGCACGCUAGUUGGGGAUUUAAACGGAAAGUGACAGCCAAGCUGAAGGCAGCGGCGUUUCCCCCACAUUAGCUUUGACAUUUCUGCUCGGAACCGAAGCUGUGCGCCGCGUGCUGUGUGUUUAAAGAAAGUCUAAAGAAAUCUAGAAGCAGUCGUGUUUAGACAGCGCUCUUAGACCUGCCAAGACACACCGAAUAAGUGCACACUACAUCUAGGGUCCCUUCUGAGUGUCUACCGGAGAGAUUACCCUCAGAUUUACAGUUAGGCAGGCAGGUUCGAGACCCUCCUCAUGCAGAACCACAGGAAAUGAAUAAACCGCCUCAGCCUAUCACAGGACCGCCCUCUGUCCCUCACCCCGCCCCCUCUCCAGGAUUGACGUCGGCUGUUUAUCCCCCUGGUCAGCCCACCUCUGUUGUUUUUGCCACUCCACCUCCACCAAUGAACUCUGCACCUCAACCCAGACAGUUUGCACCAGGGCCUCGUGCUUUACAUCAACAGGGUGGAUUCAGGUCACUGCAGCCGUAUUAUACCCGGGGCAAUUUGCAGAGUAACGCCCCACGAGUGGCCGCUAAUAACCCACCCCGGCCCGUCCCCCCCCCUCACGUCUACCCCUCCUCUUCGCAGAUGGUGAUGAUCCCACAGCAGCAGCUCCAGUUCCCACCCAACUCCCAAGGCCACGCCUAUUUCAUCCAGUCGGGACAGUAUCGCGCGCCGUACGUUCACCAGACGCAGCAGUAUUCAGUGGCCAGCGCACCAGCAGGCUUCUACCCCGGAACCAACCCCGACUACAGCUCCACGUAUGAGGCCGCUCUGGGAGCGAGGGAGAGGCGGGGGGGUGGGGGGAGAGGCGCGGUUCGAGAGAACAGCCGUCUCUCUCAUCACGCCGUUCCUCUCACCUCCCACCGCUACUCCGCUGGAGCGUAUUAUCCCGCUCAAGCUCAGUACCAAACUUCAGUGCCCUCUGCGCCUGUUAUGAUGAACCCUGCCCAGCAGCAACAGGCCCCGCCCCCACAGCAGCAAGCCCCACCCCAGCAGCACAAAAGGGAGCGCAAACAGAUUAGAAUACGAGACCCUAAUCAGGGAGGACGUGACAUCACGGAUGAGAUCAUGUCUGGAGGAAGGACCACGUCUACACCCACACCUCCACAUUCUGUAGGUGCUGAGGUCAGUUCUGUGCAGACAAAUGGUGAAAGUGUGACUCCUGCAGCUGCUGCACCGGUGGUCCGGCUGGACGAUCGUGCGAAGUCCACAAGCCCUGCAGCUCCAGCCUCCACCCCUCCGCCUUGUUCAGAUCCUUCCCUCGAGCCUAAAUCCGUCCCAGACGUUCUCGCUGCUCCGGCGAUUCCUGUGCCUCCAGGACAGAGUGAAGACGCCGUUUCGGACCCCUCUCCCUCUUCGUCUCCCACUCCUGAAGUUGUUCCUGCGGAGUCCACGCCCGGCGACAGUGUGGACGCCCCCGAGCCUCCUGUACCUGCCCAGGAGGAGGAGGAGGAGGAGGAGGAGGAGGAAGAGGAAGAGGCAGAGCCUAGCGCCAUUUCUGCUGAACAGCCGUGCGCGCAAGUGGAGAUCACGGAGCCUGAAAAGGAGACGGAGCCAUGCGCAGAAAUGCCGCUUCCUGACUCCGCCUCCAACAUGGCGCAAGCUGAAGAGGACGCACCCUCUGCAACUCCAGCAGCCACCAAUGGGGAGACAGAAUCUCACGAGUUCACGCCCACAGCCACGCCCGUUUCUGAGCCCGAGAUUAACGGUCUGCCUCAGGAGCCUGAGGAACUGCAAGAUGAGAAACUCGAGGCAGAACCUGAGCCACUCGCUGAACCUGAGGUUUUAGAGGUUCAGGAAAUCGAUGCAAAAACCUCUGCCUCUGUAGAAGAGGAGGAAGAGGAGGGCAGAGUGGAGGAAGAGCUCGUGCCUGCUGAGGAGACAUCUAUGCAAGCUGUUCUGUCUGUGCCAAAGAAGAAGAAGCUGAAGAAAAGUGAUCUGAAUAAUAAAGUGGUUGGAGACGUGUUGGACGCCUAUAAAGAGCCAGAGGAGAAGGACCUCGCUCCUGAGCCGGCUCCUGUUGAAGUCCAGCCCUCAGAGCCUCGUCCUGCUGCCUCUCCCUCCCCUGAGGAGACGGAUGAAACGUGGGAGGAAAAAGAGGACAAACUGGAUACAGAGAACAUCGAGCCUGAGACGGCAAAAUCUGUGGAACAGAAAUAUCAGUAUAAAGAGGAGCACUGGAAGCCCAUUAAUCCAGAAGAGAAGAAGAGGUACGAUCGGGAAUUCCUGCUGCGCUUCCAGUUCAUCAGUGCCAGUAUGCACAAACCCGAGGGCCUUCCGCACAUCACCGAUGUCGUUCUGGACAAGGCUAAUAAAACACCGCUGCGGCCGUUGGACCCGAGCCGUCUGAUUAAUUGUGGGCCUGAUUUCACGCCUUCAUUCGCUAAUCUGGGCAGAGCGCCCCCUGGAGCUGGACGAGGACCUCCCCCAGGGCCGCGUCGGUCUCAGCAGGGUCAGCGUAAAGAGCCACGCAAGAUCAUUGCCAGCAUGUCUCUGAACGACGAUGUGCAACUGAACAAGGCUGAGAAAGCCUGGAAGCCGGCGGUGAAGAAGUCCCGUGGCGAUGAGGACGACCCGGAAAUGAUCAAGACCCAGGAUCUGUUCCGGAGAGUGCGUAGUGUCCUGAACAAACUCACGCCGCAGAUGUUCCAGCAGCUCAUGAAACAGGUCACCGAGCUGACCAUCGACACUGAGGAGAGACUCAAAGGAGUCAUCGACCUCAUCUUCGAAAAAGCCAUUUCUGAACCCAACUUCUCCGUCGCUUAUGCCAACAUGUGCCGCUGCCUUAUGGGGCUGAAAGUGCCCACCUCUGACAAACCGGGAGCCACUGUGAAUUUCCGCAAACUGCUGCUGAACCGCUGCCAGAAAGAGUUUGAGAAGGACAAAGAUGAUGACGAGAUCUUUGAGCAGAAGCAGAAAGAGCUGGACGCUGCUUCAGAGGAGGAAGUUCGGCAGCGGUUAAAGGAAGAGCUGGAGGAAGCUAAGGACCAAGCUCGCCGCCGUUCCCUCGGCAACAUCAAGUUCAUCGGAGAGCUGUUUAAGCUGAAGAUGCUGACGGAGCCCAUCAUGCACGACUGCAUCGUCAAGCUGCUGAAGAACCACGACGAGGAGAGUCUCGAGUGUCUCUGCAGGCUCCUGUCCACCAUCGGCAAGGACCUGGACUUCGAGAAGGCCAAGCCCCGUAUGGACCAGUACUUCCACCAAAUGGAGAAAAUAAUAAAAGAGAGAAAAACAUCUUCAAGGAUUCGCUUCAUGCUGCAGGAUGUGUUGGACCUGAGAAGAAAUAACUGGGUUCCCCGCCGAGGUGACCAGGGCCCUAAAACAAUCGACCAGAUCCAUAAAGAGGCGGAGCUGGAGGAACAUCGAGAGCAGAUUAAAGUGCAGCAGCAGCUUCUGUCCAAGAAAGACUCGAGUCGAGGAAGAGGAGGCAGAAUGAAUCAGCCUCAGGACGAGGGCUGGAACACGGUACCCAUCAGCACCAAGAACCGGCCCAUCGACACGUCCCGUCUCAGCAAGAUCACCAAGCCUGGUGCUUUGGAUUUCAACAAUCAGCUUCUUGCCCCUGGAGGAAAGGGAUCAUGGGGCAGUUGGGGUAAAGGGAGCAGCGGUGGAACUGGAGCCAAAACCAGCACUGAACAAGAUGCAGGACGGCCGGCCACGAGCACCCUGAACCGAUUCUCAGCUCUUCAGCAGUCAGGACCUUCGUCCACAUCCUCCUCAUCCUCACUGGACUCUGAGCGCAGAGUUCCUCAAAGGAGCAGCUCGAGUCGAGACCGCAGCGAGCGAGACCGGGACCGAUUCGAUCGAUUGGACCGUCGGGACAGCCGUGAGGACAGAGACCGAGGGCUGGACAGGACCCGUGUCCCCAUCACUAAGCGCAGUUUCAGCAGGGAGAGCGAGGACCGGUCUCGAAGUGGAGACGUGCGCCGUGUGUCCAGCAUGACUGACGAGAGGGAACGCGGGAGCCGAGACCGGACCACCAGCAGAGAGACUGCAGUGAAGCGUGAAACGGCUCCGACGCCACCACCGCCCGCUCCGAGCAAACCAGCCCUGAGUGAGGAGGAAGUGGAGAAGAAAUCCACCGCCAUCGUGGAGGAGUACCUGCACAUUAACGACCUGAAGGAGGCGAUCCAGUGUGUGAAGGAGCUGAACAGUGCAUCCAUUCUCUUUGUGUUCGUCCGUAACGCUGUGGAGUCGACGCUCGAGCGCAGCACCAUCGCCCGAGAGCACAUGGGGCUUCUGCUGCACAAACUGAUCAGCAGUGGGAUUUUACCUCCUGAGCAGUACUUCAGAGGGCUUCAGGAGAUUCUGGAGGUGGCUGAUGACAUGGCCAUCGACAUUCCUCACAUCUGGCUGUAUCUGGCAGAGAUCAUCACACCCAUUCUCCAUGAUGGAGGAAUCUCCAUGGGUCUGCUCUUCAGAGAGGUGGCGAAGCCGUUGCUGCCAAUAGGAAAAGCUGCUGUGCUCCUGGUUCACAUCCUCAACCUCCUCUGUAAAGGACUGAGUCACAAAAAAGCUGGUGCCUUGUGGAUUGAUGCCGGACUCAACUGGAAGGACUUCCUGCCUGAGGAUGAGGAUGUCAACAAGUUUGUGACGGAACAGAAAGUGGAGUUUACGCUGGGCGAGGAGUCGGAGAAGCAGAGAAAGAAGGAGCUGAGUCCAGAGGAGCUGAGCAAGAACCUGGACCGGCUGAUUCAGGACAAAGCCAACAACCAGAGGAUCCAUGACUGGGUGGAGGCAAAUCUUGACGAGCAGCAGAUGACCUCCAACUCGUUCAUCCGAGCACUAAUGACCUCUGUGUGCCAAGCGGCCAUCAUCUGCGAGAACCCGUACAAGGUGGACGUGGAGCAGGUCACCCAGAGGGCCAAGCUGCUGCAGAAGUACCUGGUGGACGAGCAGAAGGAGCUGCAGGCGCUCUACGCUCUCCAGGCCCUCAUGGUGCGACUGGAGCAACCAGCCAAUUUGCUGCGGAUGUUCUUCGACGCGUUGUACGAUGAGGACGUGAUUAAGGAGGAGGCGUUCUACAAGUGGGAGUCCAGUAAAGACCCGGCUGAGCAGGUGGGCAAAGGCGUGGCCCUCAAAUCCGUCACUGCAUUCUUCACCUGGCUCCGAGAGGCUGAGGACGAAUCGGAUAACAGCUAAAGGAGGAAAAAUAAGAGAGCGUGGGAGUGGUGCUGCGCCGAGGGAAAAGGACUACAAACUGAAAUGAACUUGAACUCGUGAAGAUGCGGGACAGUCGAUGGACACAGACUACAAUCACUUCUCUCUUUUUUUUUUUUUUUUCUUUCUUUCUUUUCCUCUCUCACUUUGGAAAAAAAUGAAAAAUAAUAAAGGUUUUUUUUCUGAGGAGGGAAACAGAUGAUUUUUAUGAUUGCUUUAUGACUGCUUGCCAUGCUUGUAGUGGAUGAGGAGGGGUUUUUUGUUUGUUUUUUGCUCUGCAAAAUGACCCUGCCCACCCCCUUUGUGCUGCUCUUAUUAACCCGUCAGUGUAGAUGAAAACGCAGCGUUGGUGUAUGAUGUUCCCGACGCUCUGGAGGCGCGAGUGAGGUCACGCUGUUAACUCUAGCUCUUAAUUGGGGAGGAUUCCCCUCUCUCUGUGUACGCCUGGCGUUAAUUUUAACAUGUAAGAAGGAAGACGCUGGUGAGGAUCGAGUAUUUACUGACGGAUCUGAGUGUUUUUGUUUAACACCCCCCCUUCCCCCGGGUGUUGAUCAGGAUUCGUGGGGGAUGAACUUUGAUCUCUGGUCCUUUUUAAGCUGCUGGAAAAGGAUCACCAUGCUUCCUUCUAAGCCAUCCCUCUGUUUCUUUCUUUCUCUCUCUCUCUCUCUCUCUCUCUCUCUCUCUCUCUCUCUGCGCCUACAUGGCAUUCCUGUAUUUUUACCUCUUGGGGGCCAAGACCCCCACCCCCCCCCCCGGUCAAGCAAAGCCUGCAUCAUUUAAAAAAAAAAAAAAAAAAAAAAAAAAAAAAGAGAGAGAGAGAAAUAAUUGAUUAAAGAAGAAAAACUUGAAGACUAGACAAUAGAAAUCCUCUGAGACCGGAAUGAUCCGAAAAGCCUUUUCUGCUCACAGUGAAGUGGGAAACAUUUCAGGAGAGUUCUGUACAUGUAUAUGAAAAGUUUUCCCUUUUUUCUUUUUUUUUUCCUUUUCAAAAAAGCCCCUUAAAAUUAGUAAAAUGCCGUUUAAUGCCAUGCAUUUUUUUCCAGAUAGAAAUGGCAGUUUUUCUUGUAUUCUAUAUUUAAGAUUUGUUUUUUUCCUCCUUCUUCCAGGUGAGAGGUGCUUAAUAAUCCAUUGAUUACAGUUUUAUUGAAAAUGUAAAUAUUUUUUUUUUUUGCUUUACUUUAUUAUUUAAGGAUUUAAUGCUUCUUUCACAUCAGAAACUGGAAAAGGCUGAAGAAACACAACAUUAAAAAUAAAAGACUAUAAACUUGCUAA